UUUUUUUUUUUUUUUUUUUGCAUUUUUUAAAAAAUGAAAAUUCUGUUUCUUUUCUGUCCAAAAAAUCUUAUUUAUCAUUUUUUCAUAUCAAAGUAGAAUUUUGCUGAAUUAAGUCACUCUCUUUCUAUUAUUUUUCCCCUUUACUAAUAAAUGAUAAAAAAAAAAAAAUCCGCUCAAACGAAAACACGUGUUGCACUUGUGCCGCCUGGAGUCCGCGUGACUAAAAACCUGACAGAUGACGUCACAGUUUACAAUUCGACACGUGAGGAAAAGCAUGAUAGAGAUUUUCAUGGCCGACGGAUGACAAAAAUUUCUUGUUUGUGUACAGAUUUUCCUGGAAAUGGUAGAUUAAGUUGCAAUGGAUACUUGCAUGGAAGACCAGGCAAAGAGGAUAAAACUAGAAGUAAACGACAGACCUUUGAAUUUUGCCAUCAAUCCAGAUGAAUUUGAUUUGCAAUGUGUGAAGAAACCCAAAGUUCCACGGGAUCCAAUGUCUCACCGCAUCAUAGAGAAACGCCGGCGAGAUCGCAUGAACAACUGUCUAGCUGAUCUCAGCCGUCUUAUCCCAGCAAAUUAUCUCAAGCAGGGUCAGGGCAGGAUAGAGAAGACAGAAAUCAUAGAGAUGGCAUCCAAGCAUAUACGUCAUCUGCAGAAUCUGAACAAUUUUCACGGUGGGCACAUGGAAAACUUCCAGGUGGAUGGAGCAGGCCGGGCAUGCUGUGAAGAUAAGUUCUAUAUGGGCUUCAAGGAGUGUCAAGACGAGGUCAUGCGAUACUAUGUGGAAUUUGAGGGGCGGGACAUCAAAGACCCUGUGUGUGUCAAUGUUGACAAACAUCUGGAGCAGGCCAGUCAGAAGUUUCUGCCCAAAGAACAUUCAAGGAGUGGGAAAUCUGAUGACAUUAUCAUCGAGGACACAAACAGCUUUCAGAGUACAAAUAACAUGAUGCAUGAGCCGCCUGUGGAUCUCCCUAGGCAAGCUCCAGAAGAAGCACCUGUCAAUAGUCAGGACCGCUUUCUGAGAAAUCUUCUCUUACCAAAAGAGCCUUCUUUUAAUUCGAUGAGCAGUUCUAACAGUUCUUACAAUGGGUCCAAUGCCUCAGGGGAGUCUUAUCUAUAUCCCAUUUCUAUGAGAAAUGCCGACGGGCCCCAAAUGGCGUUUCGAGAAGACACGGAGGGGUCGUAUUCAUUGAGUAGUCACUCCACAGAGAAACCGAAUCAUUCCACAGAUUCUGAUAGAGACAGUAGUACCGGAGGAAGUGUGAAAGAAAAUCAUGCGUACAAACUGAAACACAACAUUAUCAAGCGGUUCUCCCAGGAAGAAAAACGUGAGCAUCACCAUCUGGUGCCGCCGUCUAGUGAUACAUCCUCCAGCAGUUCACGUGAAGACGAGAAAGAGAAAGUCAAGAGGAAGUACCCACGUCACAAGCUCCGCCCCCACAGUGAAAGUAGUUCCAUUCACAGCAACUCAUCUAAGAGUGACUUGCAGUCGAGUAACAUUCCAUUGCCAGCCUUUGUGUUAAAUCCAGAUGGCACUCACUAUCUCCCUGUUUGUAUCCAUCCAUCAUUUCUCGGUAACGUUUUCCCGAAUAAAGAGCUGGGUAAGAAUUCGAUUUAUCACCCCAUCAGUAUCCCCGUCAAUUUUGACGGCCCGUACAUCGCAAUGCCACACUCGCCCAUCAGUCAGCCGUGCGGUACUUUAGAAAGUAGCUGCAACAGGGACAUCAUGCCGGGCAUCCCAGAGGUCGUCAAUUAGACAGAGGUGUAAAAUUUACACGAAAGAAAUCGGCAGUGUUGUUCGUUGUAUAUUAUGUUGACUAUUUGUAUUCAUUUAUCAUAUGUUUAUGUUGAUUAAGCAGCUGUUGACAAAGUGCUAAUUGUUGUUCUGUGUAUAUAUAUAUAUUUCCUGUUUACAUAUAUUUCCUGUUUACAUAUUUGAUUUCAUUGAAGAAGUGCUAGCUACAAAUGACGACUUUUCUAAUCGUUGAAAUCUGUUCGUUGGAUCCCGUUGUUAUGUUCAAACAUUUGGUAUUUUUCCGUGGAUUGUUUUUGUAUAGGUUAGCAUCAGAUCUGUGCUGAUAUAGUUGUUUUGUUGUAGUUAUAUUUUGUUGUUUGUUACUGUUAGGAAUUAUAAACUGGGACAAUUUUUUUAUAAGUAUUUGUUUUGAUUUUAAAAUGAAGCUCAUUAUUGGCAAAUCUGUGAAACUAAAAAAAGUGCUAUGUUAAGGUUUAUAAUCAGAACUGUGUUAUUCUGGACAGUUUUAAUGAUAUACAAUGUAAACUUUGCCUAUUUUGUAUUUUUAUUCCAGGAUUGGGAUUCUUUUAGUGCUAUACAUAUACAAAGUAAUAUUCACGAUGUAUGAACUUAUUUUACUUAGGAUUUUUGUUAUACAGUGACAUGAUUAUCUGGUAUGGUAAACUGUUCACUUUCUGCUCGACAAUAUCAAUCACUUGUAUCUGAUAUUAUGGGGUGGAUUUUUGUAAUUAGUUCUAAAUUCCUCGAUUUGUUUUUAUGACAGUGUAUUGAGUUUGUGUGUUGUUAUACAUCCUAUUUGAGGAUUUUACACUCGUGUUGAGACACCACUAACUUAUAAAGGUGAAAUGCCACAAAUCUUGACUUGUGUCAAACUUAAGACCUUUAACAUAGCUAGUGUUACACAGCCUCUGUAGAAGUGAAAAACAUGGGUCUGAAUUUAGAAAUAGAGGUCCUAUGUCAUGUUAGACGUUGAUAUGAUAAAGACCCCUCACUGUUAGUCUGGAAUGCCAUACAUUGGUUCCCGGGUUGGGUCGGAGUUAUUGCACUUGAAAAAACUUCAUGAAUGAUAGGUAUUUGACUAAGAAACAUUAGUAUAAUGGAUAUUAUGAGGACUAAAUUUUCACAUAUAGGUCCCUGGUUUGAUGUACUCUAUACAGUAAAACAUGGUUAUAGCGAACAUCCAGGGCAAGCGAAAAAUAGUUCUUUAUACCAAACUUAUAUUUCCAAUAUUUUUAUUAUUUUCCUCUCAUCUGGGUAUGAAUAUGAAUAUCAUUACUUCACGAUAAUGUUGAAUUCAUAGUAAGUUUUAGUUAUGAGCUUGUUCGACUGUGAAAGGUUCAUGAUUUUUACGAGUUCACGCACAGAUCACGGUAAGUGCUGGAAGAUGGACUUGAGCUUGGAAAGUGCUUUUAGAAAUAUUAUGUAUGAAUUUUUAUAUGGAAGUCAUAUGAAAUUGUUGAUAAUUUAGAGAUAUUAGGUUACCAUUUUAAAAUCAAUGAUAAAAAAGAAUAUUUGUAAAUGUUAUGAAUUUCAGAUCUUUUACAAAGAAGACUGUAGAAAGAGCAUUUGGUUUUCAAAUAAUUCCAUUUAUGUUUGAAUGGUUUCCUAGCAUGUUGGUGAUAUAUGAAAUUGGUACAUAGUUCUGUGUAAUGUGAAGAAUUGUAAGUGGACCCUUCAUUUGAAUCCUGUGAAACAUCACGGUGUGGUAAUUAGACAUUUCAAGGCACUUCUUGGAAUGUCCUUCAAAGUUGUGUUUCUUGUGUAUAUUUAUGACUGUCUUCAGGUGAAUGCCUUGAAGUGUGAAUUCAAUGUUUUUCUUUGAAUGAGUCAUUGAGAACCUAACAGCCAAGGAUUGUGCACAGAUAUUUGUUCCUAGUUCAGCUAGCGAUUGAUUAAUUUAUUAAACGUGUAUUGAAUGUAGACAGAUGUAUAAAUCUAUAAUCAUUUCCAUAGAUAAUGGCAAAACAAUCAUUAUCUGCGGAUUUAAAUGAUGCAGAUUCAAGUUCUUGUGUGGUGGAUCCAAGAAAGUAGAGUAUUGGACUCCACAAUGCACGUGCAGGGAUUUUCACAUUCAUUAUGUGUUUGUGUGUGUAUGUAUAUAUAUGCAUAUGUAUAAAAUCCAAAAUGCUAAUAAAUAUCCAAUCAAGUAAUUGUAUAGUAAAGAAAAUUCAGAACGCGGGAAAUAUAACUUGCUUCACACUUCAUGAAAAUGCUGACGUAAAGCAUUGCAGUUCAUGACCUCAUGUAUUUUCAAAACUUGAACCUCUAUAUUCAGUCAAACCUUGUUAUCUCGAACUCAAUGGGACUGUGAAAAAACUUUAAGAUAUCCGAUUGAUUGUAUAUUGUUCAACGUUCCUCUUGAGAAUACUUCACUCAUGGAGAUGUCACCAUUGCUGGUCCGAGGUCUCGAGAUAUCAAGUAUGAAAUAUUAAAAAAAAAUAAGUGACUGGGACUUCAGAAUAACUUCAACAUAUCCAUGAUAUUCGAGAUAUUGGUGUUCAAGAUACCUUGGUUCAACUGUAUAUGUAUGCAUACAUGCACACUAUAGCACCAUAAAUAUGUAUGUGACAAUUCCCUGCGAGUACAUUGUGCUGUACAAACACACACAAAUCCAAUUUGACUUAAAGAUUACAAUCCAUACAUGUAUUUGAAUUAACUUGCAAUUUUAUGUACUAAAUUGAUGUGUAUUGAUUUACCUGUUAAAUGUAGGUUAGCAAGCAUCAUACUGAAAAAGUUAUUGUCAUGUUAAGAUAAUCAUUGUGUAAAGGCAAUGAAAUAGUUGUUGAUGUUUUGAAAAAUAAAUGUUAUAAAUAUGGUUAAA